GGCUCCUGCAAUCAUUUUGAGACUGCAGCGCGGGUUGUAUGGUUGAUGUCCAGUUAUUUCCAACCCACAUUUUUUAAACAAAGUCUCACUCUCUUCUUGAUCUUGUAUUAGGAUCUAGGACUAAAAAAGCCUUUGGAAUCAUGAGUAAAGUGCAAGGUGGGAUGAAAUGCGUGAAAUAUCUCCUUUUCGUUUUCAACUUCAUAUUAUGGCUGUGUGGCUCAUUUGUGUUGGCAGUGGGAUUAUGGCUGAGGGUUGACCCAGAGACAGUCCAGCUCCUGGCUGGAGAGGAAGCCCCUGGGACCUUCUUCAUAGCCGUGUACAUACUGAUUGGUGCAGGUGGGGGAAUGACGCUGGUGGGAUUCUUUGGUUGCUGUGGAGUUGUGAAGGAGUCACAGUGUCUCCUUGCGUCGUUCUUUGCCUGCCUUCUUGUAAUCGUUGGUGCAGAAGUUGCUGCAGGUGUGUUUGGAUUCAUGAGCAAAGACAAGAUCAUUGAAGAUGUUCAAAAGUUCUACAGUGAAUCUAUUUCAGAAGGUUCUGAAAAUGCCAACCAGACGGCAAUAGCAGCAAUUUACCACACUGUUCUGAAUUGCUGUGGGGACUCCGUGACUAACCCGUCUCUGUGUCCUGAUGAAGACCUAAAGAACUGUCUGAAUGCAAUAACGGACUUUUUCAAUGAAAAGCUCUACAUUAUCGGAUAUGUGGGGAUUGGUGUUGCAGGUGUAAUGGUCAUUGGUAUGAUCUUCAGUAUGGUCCUCUGCUGUGCAAUUCGGAACAACAGGGAGGUGAUCUAGAAAGACCCAGUAGCUCUAGCCUUACCCCUCCCACCCUGCAGGCUUAAUACCGACUCACCAGCUCUUUAUAAUCACAAUGCCUGAACAAGGAGGGUACAUCACAUCUGGGAUGGAGGACAGGGGAGCCCUUUUUAACACAAACAUUCAAGUCCGGGGGUCAAUUUAGUGGUGCGGGUGUGAUAUCACACACUGAAAUGUUGACAGUGAUUUCCCCAUCCCCUGGACAGAGGCAGUUAGACCAGAACCCCUCUCUCUCCUCUGGCAUCUCGGUGACCUGAAUAACUGGCCUCUUACUGCACUCCUCUCCAAGCACAACGUGGCUCAGCAUCUGGCACUACACUGAGACAUCCCCCAUGUUCCUCAUCCUCUAACACUGCCAUGUUCAUGUACCGUCUUCCUCUUUGACGCAGGAAUGUGAUGGCUGAGGAGCAUUGCUGUAUACAAACUCCUUUGUGUGCUGUUUUUAACGUUAUUUAUUCAAUGUCUUGUAACCUCAGUUCAAGGGUUAAUUUUGUGUACAGAGCUACUGUAGUCGUAUGUUGUGUGCUUGUAAAGUUGUAUUUAGGUCAGUAAUCUUAACUUCAGUCAUUGAGUUUUACAUAACUGUUGUUGGGACUUGCCCCUACUGUAUGCAUCAUACCUACUGUAUGCAUCAUUACUCACUAAAUGUCUCAAAUGUGUAUCUUUGUAUAGACAAUACAUUGACUGGCGGAUGGAUAUUA